CGCAUUGUUUGCGAGAUUCAUGGGCAUAAACGCGAGGUGCAGCUCGUCGACGAGUGCUGCAUCUGCACUUGACCAGAAAAUUCGAUUACUUUCUCAUGUUUUUGUAUUGAGGCAACGUGUUUUUGUGAGCCAGCGGCAAAAGAUGCCGGUGACAAGUCAUCUGUCUCUAGUUGCAGUGAGGAACGGGGAAAAAUUCGAGUAUGAUUGUGGAGUUUGCUCAUGUUGUUCAACUGCCGCCCGCCUGUUUACUACUUGCAACCAAUCUACUACCUGCAGAGGACACUAAUCAGAUAUUACACUCUGCGGCGUUACGGGAGGCUGUUGGGCGUCCUCACUCCCGAUAGAGGAUCUGUUGGCCUAAGUGAGGGGCCAACUCUAGGCAGGUUUGGGCGAGGUUUUCUCAGCGGACAGACGUAACGCCCAAUGUCUUCCCAAGUCGCAGCGUUCGCCGACGGGCCAUACGCACCCAUUCUAAGUGCACCUGUUAACAUUGAGGGGACAGAUCUCUCACUAGCGACGGAGAUCUUACCUGCGCCUCCACCGGUUGCCUUCAUUCGACUGCCAAUGAACAGGAGGCCAGGGGACCUAGCUAAGCGACCGCUCCCCUCUUUCAUACCCACAAGUGAUCCAGGGUCAACAUACGCGACCCAUAGCGCACCGACGCCUAUGGUAACGACUACAACUGGAGUGUCUGAUGACCAAGGAAGGAGGAAACGAGCGAGACUCGAGAAGUUACCUCUAAAUCGCGCAUCAAGGUCGUCUACACGGUACAGCAUCAGUCUGGCCCCUGCCAGUUCUCCACCGCCAGAACUCCUCCCACCGCCAAUCAUCACCCCCCAACCUGCGGGCCCAUCCACCGGAUCUCGUAGUAGCCCCGCUAGCGAUGACGGGGCGCUCGCCUCAGAACCUUUACGACUGGAAGAUACUCCAUCCCUCCUUACCAACAAGUCGAAGAAAGGGCGACCUCGCAAAGGCAAACUUGACUCGAAGCCUGAUUAUGCUAAAACGGAAGAUGCAGGGGAUCCAGAGCGAAACGACGACAUUUGCGCUUGUUGUUCCAUCUCACACCAUGCGUCGAACGCCAGCCCGCUCUCGCACUUUCUCUAUUGCGAUGGAUGCACUCGCUCGUUCCACAUGGGCUGUCUGGAUCCCCCAAUCAUCGACAAUGAGGACAUGCCCCCCCCAGACAAGGAUUGGUUCUGUCCGGCAUGUAGCGCCAACAAAGCAUCCCUGUCCAAGUCCCCGACCAUCGAUUCCCCUUUCGAUCACUUAAUCUAUGAACAAGGCCUCCAAUUGCCUCAAGUAUUUUCCCUACCAGAAGACAUCAAAGCCUACUUUAAGAAUAUUGCUACGGGUUACCAAGAUGCAAUCGUUCGUCAGCGCCAGGCUCGGAUCUGGAAUCUCUUCUGCAAGAUGCUGAGAAUGAGAAUUAUCUCCUGUGAUUACUGCAAUCUUCACUGGCACCUCGACUGCCUGGAUCCCCCGAUGACAGUUAUGCCGCCUCCCCUCAAAAAGUGGAUGUGUCCGAAUCACGCCGACCAUGUGAUGCCUCCCCGCCGCAGUACCAAAAAUCCCCGUAUCAUUGAGGUCAAACAUCCUGGGACAAGAAACAACGGGAACAUAGAAAUUAUCCCUUCGGCAGAGGACCUGGCAAAGGAAACCGUGCCAUACGAUGAGAUUUAUAUCAACAAUCGACGGUACUUGAUUCCCGAGAAGGCGAUAAGGCUAGACUUCCUCCAGAAGAUGUUAUUGCAAAUCUCCAAGGGUCUAAGGUCUCUCGCAUUCGCGAAUGGGCCAGAUCAGUCCCUUUCAGAUUUCGUCCACUCGAUCUUCUCGGAUCGUUCCAGAUAUACCUCUUGCAUCUCCCUCACCUCGUCCCAAACCCGAUUCACAUGUUAAGGCGGGCUCUACAGCCACCUCAUUUCGCAUUCGACUCAAUCGCAGCGGCAGCGCUGCGGUUCCAGGGGCGAGUCCGUCAACCGUGACUACACCUUCCAAGAUGAGCCGGCAAGAUUGCGGUUCGGUUUCUUCGCCUGCGCCCCCGUUAUCUGUCAAUGCCGAUCCCUUGCUACAAACUUCCAACUGUUCACUAUCCGGUCGUGCGUCACCCUCAGCAAUUUCCCUUCCUCAGCUGUCGCCACAGGAGAUACGGCAGCUCCUUCGGCUUCGUUCUUUAGU